AUGAUUGAUGAUUCACAAUAAAUUAUGAAGGAAAUGAUUUAAAGUAAUUCGAUUGAACAAUUAAUGGAAUUUAUGAGCAAAAACAAACCAAGCAUACUGAAUCUAGAUUGUGGCAAGAAAUAAACCAGUAAGUGUUUUCAUAUUAAUCUAGUUCUACAUAUUGCUGUGCAGAAAAACGAUUAUCCCUUUCUGAAAUUUCUUGAACAAUAUUCAUAAGACAAUUAUAAAGAGAAUGAGAUUCGAAAAUUAGUUAAUACUUACAAUAUUGAAAUCUUCACAGCUCUUCAUAUUGCAUCUUACAAUGGAAAUGUGGUAUUUUUGAUAGCCUUUAUCUAAGUAAGCCGUGAGGAUCUUAAUAAACAUGGGCGCAGAUAUUGCUCUUAAAAGUGGAUCUGGCUUAUUGCCUAUACAUGCAGCAGCUUAAGGAGAUUAACCAUACAUGGUGGUAUGAUAUUUUUUGUAUAGAAGUGGUAUUGGAUAUAAUAAGGAAUCUCCAUUAACGCUAAAGAUGAUGCAGGAAAUACUUGUUUACAUUGGGCAGCAUAUUAAAAGUUAUAUAUCAUUUUUUGAGGUUCUAGUUGUGAAUUAACAGUGAGUUAUUUGAUUUCAUUUGGUUGCAAUAUGGAUUAAAAAAAUAAUGAAGAAUAAACUGCAUUACAUAUUGGGGCAUCAUAUGGGCAAUCGAAAGUUGUUAAGAAAUUAUUAAUAAAGGGAGCUUAAAGAAAUAUAGAAGUAAUUUGAUAAUUUUCUAUUUAGGAUGUAGACGGAUAGUUACCUAUUAAUUUAACAGAAUCUAUUUAAAUCAAGAAGAUGCUGGAGGACAAAAUAGAUUUAGCAUUAUUAUAUAAUUUGAAACAGCCUUAUCAUCCGAUUCAAAGAAAUAGAAAAUCUGUCUUCGUUUACUAUUUUGUAAUUCUGACAUCCUAAGGUUGUAUUGGAUACAUCCUAUGGGAAUUGUAAGGAAUAUUAUUGGAAAUUUUUUUUGGUUUUCUAACUAUUUUACUAAUGGCCUCUGUUCUGGCAUAAUGUUGUAAUCCAGGAUUCAUCUCUUUGCAAAUUACUGUAGAAGAGGCUAUGAAUUAAUAGAUAGAUCCUAUCAAUAUCUGUCCGGAUUGUUGGGUCAUUAAACCUUUAAGAUCGAAACAUUGUGAAUUCUGUAAAAAAUGUGUAGUGGUUUAUGAUCAUCAUUGUCCAUGGAUAAAUAACUGCGUUGGAGCCAAGUAAAUCAUGGAUUAAUUAUAUAUAGAAACCUAAUUUACUUUUAUUCUUACCUUUUUACCCUAAUCCUUAUUUAGAUUUAUUCUGCUGGAAUAAUUGUUUACUGUAUUUACUUUUAUUUAAAAUAGACUUUUUUAAAUCUGACAGCUUAUCUCUAUACAACUAUUUAUUAAUGCUAUAUCCUAUCUUAAAUAUAUUGAUAUUUAUUACUCCAAUUUUGUAAGACAUCAACUCUAUUUAUUAGACUUCUAUGUAUAUACUAGACAAAGAAUUUGUAUUAUGGAAUCACUACUUACGAAAGAAUAACUGGAUCAAAAAUUAACCUGAAAUCCAGUUUAUUAGAUCCUUAAGUAAUUUAAUUUAUUGAUAUUUCAUAAGGAAAACAUUCAAGAUUCGUAAUCAGAAGAAUCAAGAAUAGAACCAUCUAUUUAAAAUUGUUUUAAUUAAUGUUUUAGAAAUUAAAACAAAUUUAAAAAAUAUACAAAAUAAAGUUGA